AUGGAUUUCUUCGAUGAAAUGGCUGGUGAUGGGAAUGAUCAAGCGGUUGAGAUGGAAGCAGCGCCAGUGGAUCCGAUGAAGAAGCUCGAAGAAGAUAAAAAACGGCAAGCCCGAGAUCAAACUAAAAAUCUACUGGCUGAUAUGAAAAGAGACGGAGGUGGUGUACAUUUCGACGAGUUUACUGCUAAACGAGCUCGAACUGAGGAAGCUAAAGAGGAUGCUGUCGUUGAGAGACCGAUGGAAAAUAUUGUUGUUCAUACAAUCCAGACGAACAGCGAAAACUGUACGCACGAAGUUGCCAUACCACCUAAUGGCGAAUUUACUCCAUUAAAGGAGAGUUCUAUUGAACCGGCAAAGUACUAUCCAUUCCAAUUGGACGCAUUCCAGAAGCAAGCAAUUCUAUGCAUUGAAAACAACGAAUCAGUUCUCGUGUCGGCUCACACAUCUGCUGGUAAAACUGUGGUUGCGACCUAUGCGAUUGCACAAUGUCUCCGAGAGAAACAGCGUGUGAUUUAUACUUCUCCAAUCAAAGCACUCUCCAAUCAGAAAUAUAGAGAGUUGGAAGAAGAGUUCAAAGACGUUGGUCUUAUGACAGGAGAUGUCACCAUUAAUCCAGAUGCUUCAUGUCUUGUUAUGACUACAGAAAUUCUCAGAUCCAUGUUAUACAGAGGAUCGGAGAUCAUCAAAGAAGUUGGUUGGGUUGUUUAUGACGAAAUUCACUACAUGCGAGAUAAAGAGCGCGGAGUAGUUUGGGAAGAAACAAUCAUCUUGAUGAGCAACCAUGUAAAGCAAGCGUUCUUGUCCGCUACAAUUCCAAACGCAAGAGAGUUUGCUCAAUGGGUCUGCAGUUUAAAACAACAACCUGUGAAUGUUGUCUACACAGAUUACCGUCCAACUCCACUUCAGCAUUUCAUUUAUCCAGUAAAUGGGGAAGGAAUGUAUGAAGUUGUCAAUGUUAAGGGUGAAUUCCGUGAAGACAAGUUCCGCGAUGCUAUGAGUGGUUUGGCAACAGCUGGAGACUCAGCGGGAAGCUUCAAUCAAAGACGAUCUGGGAAAGGAACUUCUGGAGACUCCAACGUGCUUAAAAUUAUCCGAUCAGUUGCUGCUAACGAUGGUCUCAACUGCAUCGUGUUCUCAUUUUCAAGAAAAGAAUGCGAAGCUUAUGCGCUGAGUCUGAAAGACAUGGAUUUUAAUCAACCACAAGAAAAGUUGAUGGUAAAAUCGGUUUAUGAAAGUGCGAUUUCACAGCUGUCACCAGAAGAUCAAAAUCUGCCGCAGAUUACAAAUAUUCUCCCAAUCCUCAAACGCGGUAUUGGAGUUCAUCACUCUGGUUUGAUGCCAAUCUUGAAAGAAACUAUCGAGAUUCUGUUCGGCGAGGGACUUGUGAAAGUUCUUUUUGCAACUGAAACAUUUUCGAUGGGGUUGAACAUGCCUGCUCGUACAGUAGUCUUCACCUCUGCUCGAAAAUAUGAUGGUACUGAGAAUCGUUAUAUUUCGUCCGGAGAAUAUAUUCAAAUGGCUGGAAGAGCUGGAAGAAGAGGAAAAGAUGAUAGAGGAACCGUUAUUCUAAUGGUAGACUCUGCGAUGUCUGCGGUUGAUGCCAAGCAAAUUAUUAAGGGAGCAACGGAUCCUUUAAACUCUCAAUUCCGUCUCACAUACAACAUGGUUCUCAAUCUGAUGAGAGUGGAGGGCAUGGCUGUCUCACAUAUUAUCAGCAGCAGUUUCCAUCAAUUCCAGAGCUACGCGAAAAUUCCAGGCAUCGACAAAAAGUGUGCUGAAGCAGAAAAGAAAAUCAACUCCUUCAAGUUCCCAUGGGAAAAUGAAAUGCGAACCUAUAUGGACCUGGUAGAUCAUUUAGCAAGAGUUAAGCAGGAAAUUGUCAAGACCCAACGGGAACCCAGAUAUAUUGUUGGUUUUCUCCACGCUGGACGUCUUCUAAGCAUCAAAUCCGGCGACAGAGAUUUCAAGUGGGGUAUCCUACAUAACUUCAAAAAAGUUGUAAACCCAGAGGACAAAAAUGAUUCGAUCUUCGUUUGUGAUAUGAUUCUCGCUGUGGAAAAAAACGGCAAGUAUGAUGCAUCAAAUCCUGCCACUCUUCUACCAGGUUUCGAUUCGAGAAAUCGUACCUGGGAACGAGUUUCGAUGACGCUUGACAAAAUUACUGCUAUCUCAGCUAUUCGCCUCAAAAUUCCAGAAGUCAUUGAUGAUUCUGGAAAGAAACGCAUUGAUGCGGCGGUGAAAACUGCCAUGGAACGAUUGGGCGGCGAAAUUCCACUUCUUCAUCCAAUUGAUGAUAUGAAUAUCAAAACACCGGAAAUAAAAAAAUUGGUUGACGAUGAGAAAAUAUAUAAAGAACGAAUUGAGAAUCAUACGAUUAAUAAGGCUGCCGACUUCGAGGAUCGCAAGAAACAAUUUGAGAAAAAAUUGGAAGCUAUCAAAGAGUUUGAUGCCUUGAAAGCAGAGAGAAAGAGUCUCCAAAGUACAUUGCAUUUGGAGGAACUCACCAACAGAAAACGAGUUCUCAGACGAUUGGAAUACCUUAAUGCUGAUGAUUCCCUCCAAAUCAAGGGAAAAGUCGCUUGUGAGCUUUCGGCAUCGGAUGAGUUAAUUCUGACCGAAAUGAUUCUGAAAGGAGUAUUCAAUCCACUUGACGUAGCACAAACUGCAUCUCUUCUCUCAUGUUUCGUUUUCCAAGACAAUUGUGCUGCACCCAAACUAUCUGCUGCAUUACAGACAUGUUUGACCGAGCUCCAUGAUCAAGCUCGUCACGUUGCAAAAGUGUCAAAUGAAUGCAAAAUGGAAGUUAUCGAGGAUAAAUAUGUUAAUAGUUUCAAUCCAGGACUGAUGGACGUUGUCUCUCAAUGGGUGAGCGGAGCAUCGUUCAAUGAUAUUGUCAGAACCACCGACGUUUUUGAAGGGUCAAUCAUUAGGUGCCUUCGCCGUUUAGAAGAGGUUCUUCGUGAAAUGAUCAACGCAGCGAAAGCUCUUUCCAACAAAGAGCUAGAACAGAAAUUCGAAGAUGCUCGAAAGAUGUUGAAGAGAGAUAUCGUUUUCGCUGCAUCUCUUUAUCUUUAA